CGAUCAGACUGAGUUCAGACCAAACUAGCAGCUUCCUCUGAGUGAGUCCAGCUACAGGAGAGAAAAGUGGAAAACUCCAACACUGCUGCUUCAAGCUGCUGACGCUCCACACACUGAAUACUCAAUGGCUUCCAGAUCAGAGGAGGAUCUCUGCUGUCCGGUCUGUCAGGAGGUCUUCAGAGAUCCUGUUCUUCUGUCAUGUAGCCACAGCUUCUGUAAAGACUGUCUGAAGAGAUGGUGGAGAAAAAAACAGAUACGUGAGUGUCCAGUUUGUAAGGAAAUAUCAGUGUAUGAUCCACCUUUAAACCGAGCUUUAAAGAACCUGUGUGAGUCGUUCUUACAGGAGAGAGCUUCAGAGGCUCUCUGCAGUCUGCACUCUGAGAAACUCAAACUCUUCUGUCUGGACCAUCAGCAGCCAGUGUGUGUCGUCUGCAGAGACUCAGAAAAACACACCAAGCACAGAUUCAGACCCAUCGAUGAAGCUGCACAACAACACAAGGAGGUACUUCAGGAAACUCUGGAGCCCUUAAAGAAGAAGUUAAAGGUUUGUGAAGAAGUUCAAGUGAAGUUUGAUCAAACAGCAGAACACAUUAAGGUCCAGGCCCGACACACAGAGAGGCAGAUUAAGGAGCAGUUUAAGAAGCUUCACCAGUUUCUAGCAGAGGAAGAGGAGGCCAGGCUGGCUGCACUGAGGGAGGAAGAGGAGCAGAAGAGUGGGAUGAUGAAGGAGAAGAUGGAGGCUCUGAGCAGAGAGAUAGCAGCUCUUUCAGACACAGUCAGAGCCACAGAGGAGGAGCUGAGAGCUGAAGACGUCUCAUUCCUGCACAACUACAAGGCUGCAGUGGAAAGAGUCCAGCGCUGCCCCCUGCUGGAUGAUCCACAGCUGCCCUCAGGAGCUCUGAUAGACCAGGCCAAACACCUGGGCAACCUGACCUUCAACAUCUGGAACAACAUGAAGGACAUGGUCUCCUACACUCCUCUCAUUCUGGACCCAAACACUGCUCAUCCAAACCUCAUCCUGUCUGAAGAUCUGACCAGUGUGAGACGAGGAGGAGAGAGGCAGCAGCUUCCUGAUAAUCCAGAGAGGAUUGAUUGUUACAUCUCUGUCCUGGGUUCUGAGGGCUUUAACUCAGGGACUCACAGCUGGGAUGUUGAUGUUGGAGACAGUACAUGGUGGGCUCUGGGUGUGUUAGCAGAGUCUGUGCAGAGGAAGGGAUACAUAGAGUCUGGAUUAUGGAGAUUAUGGUUUUCUACAGGUAAAUACUCAGCACUCUCACCAUCAGCUCCAGAAACUGAUCUCUCAGUACAGAAGAAGCUCCAGAGGAUCAGAGUGAAUCUGGACUGGAACAGAGGAAAGCUGUCGUUCUCUGAUCCUGAUACUAACACACACAUACACACCUUCACACACACUUUCACUCACAGGAUGUUUCCAAUCAUUAACACUGGUGGUAAAGUGAAGGUGUUGCCAUUGAAGGUGUCAUUGUCAGUGGAGCAGAUGAGUUGA